CCCUCACCCUUCAUCCAAACAUACCCUAAACUGCAACCGUUCUGACUGGGGUUUGUAUGCAUAUAACGCUAUCCCUAAAAUAUUUCAUAUUUUUCAUCUGUUGCUUUGCCCUUCAGUCUCUCACUCUCACAGGUAGAGUUUUCUCUCUCGAAUUCAUAGUCGCCAGUGCUUUAUCUUCCUGUUGUUUUCUUCUUCUUCAAGACCCAUAUGAUAAAUCUGGUUUAGCAUGGAGAAAGUGGACACCGAUGUCAUAGAUCUACCCCUUAAACGUCUCAACUCUUGGGCCGCAGCUUCCCUCUUGCUGCAUUGUUGUGCUUCUUCUUCUUCUUCUUCUUCUUCUUCUUCUUCUGUUCUUCACUGCUUCUGCACACCAAGGUAAAAGUCGAUGUCGGCUUGUGGGUAGGUAGUGGGAAUUUGAUCGAAGCUUUGAUUUGAAUCAUUAGGGAAGUGGGUUUGAAAGAAACGGUAAUGGAGAGAAUUUCUGCUGCUUGUGCCAUGGAAUGGAGCAUUGAGCUUGAGAAGGCCCUUCGCUCCAAAAAGCCAGGUCAAGCUGUCAAGGCCAUACAACAGAUAGGUUCAAGAUUGCAGCAGUGGAACAGAGAACCCAAACCCACAAUGGCUGUGUACAAUAUGUUUGGCUUAGUUUUGGGUGAAGAUAGACUUUUUGCCAAUACAAUCAUCUUACGGCUUGCUGAUGCAUUUAGAUUGGGUGACAAGGAUACAAGGCUUUCUGUUGUUAGGGUUUUCUUAUCAGUGUUCAGGAACAAUGACAAAGAAAAGAAAGGUAAACGGUAUGAAGGGAUUUUGUCAAAGGCCAGGAUACACAACCAAAUGGAGCUUUUGAAAAGAGUAAAGAUUGUUUUUGAUACUGGAGAUGUCGAGUCAAGGGCGCUGGCUUUGAUUCUGUUCGGUUGCUGGGCUGAUUUUGCAAAAGAGAGUGCUCAUAUACGAUACCUACUACUUUCCAGUUUAGUCUCCUCUGAAAUAUUGGAGGUAAAAGCAGCUUUAUUUGCAGCAGGUUGCUUUUGUGUUUUGGCCGCUGACUUUGCAUCUGUUGUAUUGGAGAUGCUGCUUAAUAUUUUAAUUUCACCCAACACAUCAGUGGCCGUAAGAUUAGCUGGAGUAAGGGUUUUUGCAAAAAUGGGGUGCUCAUAUUCUAUUGCAAAUAGAGCUCACAAGAUAGGCCUACAACUGGUAUUAGAUUCUUCGGAAGAUGAUUUUUUGGUUUCGUUACUGGUUUCUCUCUCAAAACUUGCUGCUAAAUCAACCCUUCUUCUUUCUGAACAGGUGGACUUACUUUUGUUGUUUCUCAGCCGAGAGAAAACUUUGAUGUUGCAAGCAACAGCAUUAAGGUGCCUUAAUUUCAUAUUUAAGAAAGGAAUUUGUCACUCUUCUGUUAGUACCCAUGCAAUCAGAACAUUACUCAGAACUAUAGAUGAAACUGAACUUCCAUCAGCUAUGAAAUGUGAAGCUUUACAAAUUUUGCAGACGCUUGUAUAUGGACUACCUGAACUUUCUUGUGACAAAAUGCUUGAUUUUACCAUUCUAUUGAACAUUAUUGAGAAAGCAGCUCAGUCACCUGUAAUGUCAGAGAGCAUGCUAGCAAUUCAAAUUCUUGUGGAUGCAUCAAAAAGACUUGGGGAAAGAAGGCAAGUAGGAUCUGAUGGGGAUUGUUUCUUUUCUCUGCCUACGAGGAUCAUAUCAGUGAUUAUGGACCGGAUGAUCUUGAUGUUCAAGCCAUUAUUGGAUGUUAGUCAGAAUAAUUCUAAAGUAUUUCAGGAAUUUCAAAGCCUGCUCAAUCUUCUUCUUUUUCUCGUUGGAGAACAUCCUGAUCUAGGUGUCUUGGUGCUGCAAAAAGUUGGAUCAUUUAUUGAAUGUCUUUUGGAUAUGCAUGACAAUGUCAUGACUACGAAGCAAGAAGGUGUAUCGGUUCAUGAGCUUGUUGAUUUUAGGGGACAAAAGAGCAUGUACAUAAGUUUGAAUUUGGUACAUAAUGUCCUCAAGUUUUCUGUAACUUGCAUUGAGAAUCUCAAUGAAGUUAGUGCCAUCACUACAGAAAUACAUGAGCAAGUUAAGUUUUUGGUUGAGCAGGUGCAAAGUUGUAAACUAUUUGAUCGAUAUAUAUAUAUCAUCUACUCUGUACUGUUGCACUCUCAAAAUAUUUGCGGUUGUGUGGUAAAAAAAAAUGAGGAACCUUGUCGUGUUGGUAGAAAUUUAGGUAACUCACUUUGUAAUCUGUCAGGUGAGCAUGAAAUUUUCUCUCUUGAACUUGUAGAGAAAAUGUUAAUAGAGAGGGAUAACUGGCCUGUGUACAAAGCUGGGAUAUAUACAGCAUAUCAGGGAGCAUGGAUCACUGCUGCAUUCAUAUUUGGGCAACUAAUAGGUAAGGUUCAAUCUGAUUCCUGUUCUUAUUGGUUAAAAGCAUUAGCUCAAUUUGCAGAGUCUGAAGGGAAAAUUCUACUUUUUCUCCUACCAAUUCUCAGGUCCAAGCUAAUGGAUUGGCUAAAGAUGAAAGAAUUUGGCAUCACAUUUUUUGGGGAUAGUCUUGAUGAAAUUGGCCAAGUUGCUGUUGGAAAUAUCAGUGAGCCUAGUAGUACCAAAUUGCUUGUUGGGGUUUACCAUGGCCUUUACUACUCUGGGGAAACAUUAAAAUCCAUUGCCAUUUUGGAAAAAUCAUGUUGUUUCCAGAGAUGGUUUUUGGCUUUGAGAGGGAAGGUCCUAAGAACUGUGGUGCAUGUACUUAAAGUUCUGGGUACCAUUCCACUUGCCCAGUGCAGUAUUAGCAACAAUGUACAGGUUGAUACAAGUGUUACAGUUGAGUGCCUUGACUGUUUGCGGAAAAUUACUCAAACAUCGUUUCAAUUGAAGAGUCUAGCGCAAGAAUUUGAUCUAAUUGCCAUGUCUUUCAUUGGCAUGGACAGGAGAAGUUCAAAAAUUAUUUCAGCACUUGCAUUGAGUUGUUCACUACUGGCAUUCACAAUUGGAUUUUCUCUUUUCAUUUCAAAGUUGCCUGACUAUGAAAUUUUAGCUCCAUGUGAUCUGCAAAGCUCAACGAACUAUUUACAAGGAAUGUUAAUACAGAAUUUAGCCUCACGGUUGUGGCUUAUAGACCAGGAGAUCUGUUCUAAUUUGUUUCUGCUUUUAGAGGUCAAUGGAAAGUCCAAAAACUGUUUUGACUUGCAGCCUAGAAAUCAAAUAUUGAAUUCUGGCGGUGAAGUGAGAGAUAUUCUCAAUGUUUGUAAAUAUGCUGUUUCUGGCAUUGUUGGCUUGCAAAAUGAGACUAGGGGAGUGCACAAUGAAGAGAUUUUAUUCCACAUUAUCAAGGAUGGUUUCCAGCUUGUGUUGAAGACUAUCACUGAAUGGAUGCACAUCCCUUUCCGAAUCCCAAAGUAUUUCUUUAAAUUAAGGCCAUGCAUUGGUUCAGAGCUCAUUGUGAUUAGUGGAGACAGUAGAAACUCAAAUGAGUUGACUGUGUUGCAAGGCUUCCACCUAUCAAUAAAUCUUUGUCUUCAAUUGAGGAAUGUGCCAAUGAAUCUCGCAGUUCGGAUGACAAAGCUUUAUUGCAUUCUUUGUUCUAGUGCAUCUUUUCAGGAGCCUAAAUCAAGUGGAGAAGCCAGAGGGCAAAUGCAGUUGGAUUACGAUGAUUGGGAAAUGUCCAGUAUGAUUGCAAUGAAUGAAAGAUUGUGGCACCAAGUAAUUGAUCGUGCCAAGAAGACGGACAAUUGUAAACGUGGUCGGGAUUACGAUGCUAGUAGUGACGAUGGGACUGUGUACAGAUUUGUGUGUUUUGAGCUAAAUGAUAGAGGGCAAGGCUUUUCCAGUUGCCUGCUUGAUGUUUCUGAUUUUCCAGUUGGUUCUUAUAGAAUCAAGUGGCACAGUUGUUGUAUAGACUACCGAGGUUCUUAUUGGAGCCUCCUUCCGCUAAAUGCUGGACCUGUAUUUACUAUAAAGAAACCCUCUGCUGUAGAUUAAUUUUUAUUUUUUGUAUCCAUUUGGUAGGGCAUAUAAUUAUCUUGUGAGCUAUAUUUAUUAAUUUUGUUAUGAAAAUGCAAUUUCCAUGCAA